UACAAUCUUUUCAGAUUGAUUUAUUUCGAUGGCGUUGCUGGGCGUGUUUCUCCUGUUGCUGUUGACACAAGGGAUAUCAUGUGAUAGAGAGGAUAUUACGUGUCCAGAUGGAACACCCAACCCCGGUCGCGGACCCGGGAGAUGUAACUGCUACCAGGAAGGUAACUUUCGGGUUAUAAAUUGCCGCAAUCGUGGACUCAUGGAGAUACCCAGAAUGAACUCAACUGAAGAAUGGGACCUGUUGAACUUUGGUAUAAACAAAAUAACAGAUGUCCCGACUGGAAUUUUUGAGGGACUUCCGAAUUUAAAGUCUGUCGAUUUCUUUUUCAAUACUGAUCUUAGAACGCUGCAAUCGAACGCUUUCCGAGGUGCUGAUGAGAUCCAGAACUUUGAAUUCACACGCUGUAAUAUCAAUAUUAUCGGCGACAAUGCAUUCAGUAACUUAUACAACCUUACCACACUAAACCUUCAAAGCAAUAGCCUUACCGAGAUAACAGAAAAAGCCUUUGGUGGACUUGGUGCAUUGGAAUAUCUUAGAUUAGACGAAAAUAAAAUUCAGACAAUUCAUCCAAACGCUUUCCAGAGCCUGGUCAACCUUACCACGUUGACAUUUUCUGGAAAUAAACUUACCGAAGUUCCCGAACGUUCUUUUAAACCAUUAACCGAGCUUGGUGAUCUGGAUCUCUCAAAUAACAAUAUCACGACAAUUCCAGAAGAAGCGUUCACGGGACUCGUUAAACUCGAGCGUUUGAGUUUAUGGAAGAAUCAAAUUACACGUUUACCAGGUGACGUAUUCAAGAAUCAAGACAUGUUGAGAAUUCUGCAACUGUCGGAAAAUAGAUUAACAGAAUUGCCACAAACUUUGUUUCAUCACACCGGAAACCUUACGCAGCUUGAGAUCGUGAAGAAUGCUUUGGCAAUCAUUGAAAAUGGGACAUUUGAGCGGAACGUUGAACUGAAAUUCCUGUUUCUUACUGAUAAUAAUCUUUCGGAAUGGUCUCUGUUUGCCUUCACAAAUUUGACUUCACUCUUUGAAUUAGCAUUGGGUCAAAAUGAAAUCGAAAAUGUUCCAGGGUUUGCCUUUGAAACGCUACAUCGUCUUAAAAAGUUGACGCUGGCCUCUCAAAAACCAAUCAAAAUCCACGAGAAUGCGUUUUGCGGUUUAGAUAGCUUACAAGAACUAGAUAUGUCGGGGUCAGCCAUGUUUGGAAUUAGGGUGUGUCAUCUUAGUCAUUUACCAACCUACAAGAAUGGUUUAAAACUUUUAGUUACUGGUAGUAAGAUUAACUGUGGUUGUGACAUGUGGUCAGUCCAAGCAAACAUGUGCCCACAUGGAGGUAACCUCACAUCUUGUUCCGUUGUUGGGAUUGACAAAAAUGAAUGCGUAGAGCCUCCAGAGCAUAAGAAUAAAAACUGGUAUCAUUGGAGUGAUUGGCAUUAUGGGGAAAUAGAUUGCGCACCAGAAGACAAAAAUCCGACUUGUCCCGUCCCAUGUGUCGAAUCCCAACCAACGACAGUUGCUAUGACUACAGAUGAAGUGCCGACUACGCCCGAGUUGGACUUUAAAUGUCCAGAUGGCACUCCAGUUGGAAGAGGGCCCAGAUUGUGUAACUGUUAUGAAGAAGAUGGAAAAAGAGUUAUAAACUGCCGCAAUCGGGGAUUUAUUGAGAUACCUCGAAUGAACUCAACCGAAGAAUGGGACCUGUUGAACUUCGGUAUUAACAAAAUUACAGAAGUCCCAACUGGUAUUUUUGAGGGACUCCCCAAUUUAAAAUCAAUUGAUUUCUUCUAUAAUACCGAUCUUACAACGCUGCAAUCCAAUGCUUUCCGAGGUGCUGAUGAGAUUCAGAACUUUGUUUUCACACGUUGUAGUAUUAGCAAUAUUGGCGACAAUGCAUUCAGUAACUUAUACAAUCUAACAACAUUAAACAUACAAAGCAAUAACCUGACAGUGAUAACAGAAAGGGCAUUCAAUGGACUCGGUGCGUUGGAAUAUCUUAGAUUAGACGAAAAUAAAAUUCAGACAAUUCAUCCAAACGCAUUCCAAAGCCUCGUCAACCUUACGACGUUGACUUUUUCAGGAAAUGAACUCACCGAAGUUCCUAAGGGUUCUUUUAAACCAUUAACAGAACUUGGUGAUUUGGAUCUCUCAAAUAACAAAAUAACAACAAUUCCAGAAGAAGCGUUCACGGGACUUGUUAAGCUCGAGCGUUUGAGUUUAUGGAAGAAUCGAAUAACACGUUUGCCAUAUGACGUAUUCAAGAAUCAAGAAAUGUUAAGAAUUCUACAACUGUCAGAAAAUAGAUUAACAGAAUUGCCACAAACUUUGUUUCAACAUACGGGGAACCUAACACAAGUGGAGUUAGUCAAAAAUAAUUUGACAAUCAUUGAAAAUGGGACAUUUGAGCGAAACUCUGAACUGAAAUUCCUAUUUCUUACUGAUAAUAAUCUAUCGGAAUGGUCACUAUUUGCCUUUACAAAUCUGACUUCCCUUCUUGAACUAGCAUUGGGCCAAAAUGAAAUCGAAAAUGUUCCAGGAUUUGCUUUUGAAACGCUUCAUCGUCUUAAAAAGUUGACGCUGGCCUCUCGAAAACCAAUCAAAAUCCACGAGAAUGCGUUUUGCGGUUUAGAUAGCUUACUGGAGCUAGAUAUGUCGGGGUCAGCCAUGUUUGGAUUUAGAGUGUGCCAUCUAAGUCAUUUACCAACUUACAAGAAUGGUUUAAGACUUUUAGUUACUGGUAGUAAGAUUAACUGUGGUUGUGACAUGUGGUCAGUUAAAAGAAACAUGUGUCAACCUGAAUCUUGUUCCAUUGUCGGGAUUGACCAAAAUGAAUGCGUAGAACCAAAAGCUCAUAGAGGCUAUCACUGGUUUUGGUGGAGUGACUGGCAUUAUGAACAAAUAGGUUGUGACAAUAAUGACAAAAAUCCGACUUGUCCCGUACCUUGUGUUGAGUUCCAACCAACAACAGCUGCUCUAACUACUCAAGAACUGACCACUCUAGAAAUAACAACUCAAAAAUUGACGACGCGUGGUGCCACUACUAAACAGAUAUUGACAACGUCCGUCACAGAUAAAACAACUACCGUAACGCCAACUUUGCAAACGUCAUCAAAACCUUUGACAGAACCUCCUGAAGGCACCACCCCUAUAUCUAGCUCAGUCUUACCAUCAGCAACAACCACGAUGACAAUGACUGCAAGCAAUGAGGCAAGCGUUCAGAUAACAGCUAUUAUCGCUGGUGCAAGCGUUGGAGGAGUGGUUGUCAUUGCUGCUAUUGUGGCAAUCGUCAUAGCUGUUGUAAUUGUAAAACGAAACACAAAUAGAGCUCAGCCGCCAUACGACCCACGUCACAGUUAUCCCGGAUUUCCACCCCCGUAUAACGGCCAAAAUCUGAAUGCACCUGUAACAGAACACUUCUACCCUCCAAAUCACCCUAUGUAUCAUAACGGGCCACAGCUUCCAGACGGUCCUCAAAAUACCCAGGAAUACACGAAUCCUGCUUAUGAUAACGGAAGCCCUGUGUACGACAACAACGGGGUUAACAACCACACUAACAUACCACCCAAAGAGAAAGGGACCAAAUCAGAUGCUAAGAAGAAACGAAAAGAAAGUAAGCCGAAACAAAAGGGCAACGUUGGUAAAGACGACAAAAUAAAAGCUAAAAAGGAAGUAAAAAAUAAGGACAUGGACCAAAAUGGGGCGGUUGUACCGCCAAAAGAUAACAUUGAAGAUCAACCCACAAAGAAAACAGAACCUGCUGAGCAGGAAAACCAUUCAACUGAAAAAACGCAAAAUGUCCCCAAAGACAAUGCUAAAAAGGAACGGAAAAAGUCCAAGAAAAACUCCAAAGCAGACGUCCCUGUAGAACCAGAGCCUGCAGAACAAGAGACAUUUGACUGGCCUUAAUAUAUAUAACAGAUAAACUGUACACCAGAGGAAAAUGCCAAAUAUACAUUGGAUAAUAUAUUUUACAUUAAUUAUUGAUGUCAAAAUUCUUUUGUUCGAAGGAUAGAUACAUUUUUGAUAGAUACACUUUUUGUUUUUGUAAACAAGUUUUUACCAUUGCGUAAAUAAAACGAUGACACUUACAAGGUACAAUGUCGACGAAAACCAUUUAUUUCAUAUACAUGUAGUUGUAUUAUGCAAGUCC